AAAUUCUAAAACCCGGAGGCAGGAAUUGUGCAACUUCCGGAUUUGACACACGACAGCUGUCAGAAUUUUCGUACAAAUUUCAUCAGAUUAUUAUAAUUUUAGUUUAAGCCAUAUAUUUAUUUUCUAUCUACAAAUUUCACUUCAGUACAAUGGCUUCAAUCGAAGACUUACAGAAGAAAGUUAAACAACUAGAGGAAGAACUAGAAAAAUCAAGACAAUCUGGUGCAGUAAGAACAAAAAUUUCUCAAAUGAGCUCAGAAGUUGUUGAUUCAAAUCCGUACAGUCGUUUAAUGGCAUUGAAGAGAAUGGGAAUUGUUGAUGAUUAUGAGAAAAUACGAGAUUAUACAGUGGCAGUUGUUGGGGUUGGAGGAGUAGGAUCUGUGGCUGCUGAAAUGUUAACUAGAUGUGGCAUAGGGAAGUUAUUACUGUUUGAUUACGACAAGGUAGAGUUAGCCAACAUGAACAGAUUAUUCUAUCAACCAAAUCAAGCUGGAAUGAGUAAAGUAGAAGCAGCUGAGAGAACAUUAAGGGAGAUAAAUCCAGAUGUCAUAUUUGAGAUAUAUAAUUACAACAUCACAACAAUGGAUAACUUCCAACAUUUUAUGGACAGAAUAAGCCAUGGUGGGAUAACAGAUGGAAAACCAGUUGAUCUGGUACUCAGUUGUGUUGAUAACUUUGAAGCUAGGAUGACAAUUAAUACUGCAUGUAAUGAAUUAGGCCAGUCUUGGAUAGAGUCAGGAGUGAGUGAGAAUGCUGUCUCUGGUCACAUACAGUUUAUAGUACCUGGUGACACUUCAUGUUUUGCUUGUGCCCCACCUCUAGUUGUAGCCACACACACAGAUGAGAAGACAUUAAAAAGAGAAGGUGUAUGUGCUGCUAGUCUGCCAACCACUAUGGCAAUUGUAGCUGGUUUCUUAAUACAGAACACAUUAAAGUAUUUAUUAAAAUUUGGUAAUGUGACCUACUAUUUAGGAUAUAAUGCUUUACAAGACUUCUUCCCAAUGAUGGCAAUGAAACCCAACCCUGAAUGUGAUGACUGUAAUUGUAGAAAACAACAAGUAGAAUUUAAGAAAAGAGAAGCAUUGAAGCCCAAACCUGUAGUUGUUGAAGAAGUAGAGACUGCACCUUUACAUGAUGAGAAUCCAUUUGAAAUAGAAAUUGUCUCAGAAACAACAGAGGAGGAAUUAAAGCAGGCUGAAGGAGAGAAACCUCAGCUAACAGAAGGGGUCACUGUAGCAUACACAAAACCAGCCAAAUCAUCAACAAAUGACACAUCAGAAACAGUAGGAGAUGUUUCCGGGCAAAGUUUGGACGAGUUAAUGAAACAGAUGCAAAGUUUGUGAUGUUCAUGUUGUGAUAAAGUCUUUGAAUACAUUUUAAAAUUAUGCUAAAACAUUAAUUUUACAUGUGAAGAAAUACGAGCUAUUUCUAAAGUAUUAAAGCAAUACUAGUCAAGACAUGCAAAGAUAUGUGCCAUUCUGGAAAGACAGGAGCUGCAGACCUGGAAAUGAGUUGUCUGCCCUUUGUUUCUUUAUUCCAUUAUAAAAGAAAACAACAAUAUUGUAAAACAAUUAAUAUAAAUUCAUUGCAGUUUUAGUGGCCUUCGGCUGUUGUCUGCUCUAUGGUCGGGUUGUUGUCUCUUUGACACAUUCCCCAUUUCCAUUCUCAAUUUUAUUAGUAUAAGCAUUAUGUUACAGAUUUUUAUAGUACCGGUAAAUGUUUCUAUAAUCGAGAAACUUUCUACUGGACAUUUAUAGUUUUAGAUUGUUUGGCUAAAGAUUUAAUGUUAAAGGGGCACUAGCUGUCAAAUUCAUGUUUACCGAUUUGACUUAAAUUCUCAUAUUUGAUUUAUAACAUUGAAUCUUAUCAGUCAACGAAAUGGUUAAUCUUUGUUUCACUUUCAAUGUUGACAUUCUUUUCCUUUAAAUGGCUGACCACGAUUUAUACAUGUGUAACCAAUCUUUAGCUAUUGGGUUAAAUUGAAGGUCACAUGAAUACGAAUUCAAUGAGGUCGAAUUAUUCACUUGCAAGUGAAUAAUUCAUCAGCAAUGUUUCUUUGCUUAUUUUGACAAAAUUGAACCAAAUUGUUUGCUAAAAACGAAUUAUUAUUUCAUCAUUUCACUUAUAUUAAUGAUUGAACCAAACAAAAUCAUAUUCUAUUUUUUUUUUCAUAUCUCGUAGCUAGUGCCACUUUAAUUUUUGGUUAUUUCAACUGUGAUCAUUGGUGUUGACAGGACAGUCAGUAACAGUGUAUUUAAAAAUUCUUAUAUUCAAUAAAUAUAUGAAAUAUCAUU